AUCGGACUAUUAGCAUUGUUCUCGGCCAGUGACCAUGGCGCUUGGGGUCUUGAAAACGUCAAUCAAGCACGCCUGUCGACGUGCAGCUCUAACACCUGCCAAUGGAAUCUGUGCCUCCCGUUUUCUGCAUCUCUCCAAACCCGUCCGGUCGCCGGAGACGACCCCUGCCAUUCCAACCUCUCAAGAACCUGUCACUUCCCUUGCCAUGCGUGGUUCCAACCAAUUCAGUCUGGAACACCCUCGGAACAAGGCUGAGUAUGUCCUUUCAACCCUUGACAAAAUUGCCAGUUGGGCACGCCAAGGUUCUAUGUGGCCCAUGACUUUUGGUCUUGCAUGUUGUGCUGUAGAAAUGAUGCACAUGGCUGCUGCACGUUACGAUCAAGAUCGGCUUGGCAUUGUCUUCCGUGCUAGUCCCCGACAAAGCGACAUCAUGAUUGUCGCCGGCACACUGACCAAUAAGAUGGCCCCAGCUCUUAGAAAAGUUUAUGAUCAGAUGCCCGAACCGCGGUGGGUCGUAUCUAUGGGAUCGUGUGCGAAUGGGGGCGGGUAUUAUCACUAUUCUUAUUCGGUGGUGAGGGGUUGUGAUCGGAUUGUCCCCGUGGAUAUUUACGUUCCGGGGUGCCCACCAACUGCCGAAGCGUUGCUUUAUGGAAUGCUCCAACUCCAGCGUAAAAUGAGAAGGAGCAGGAAAGGCGUACUCUGGUACCGCAAGUAGCAUGACUUCCUCAUUGAAGAGACUUGGAGAGCAUAAUCAAAGUUAGGCUGUGUGAAACGAUAGAGACUACUCUUGUCUUCUAGCCACUGCAAUAGACAUCGACCAGUAUCUGAG